UGCCCUAUCAAACUACGUCUACUUUCCUUCAAAUAUCUUUCUCCAAUCCUUUUGUCUAUUUGUCUCUAACUCUUUGUAUAUUCUUUGUUCUUCAAGCUUGUUUCUCUUCAUCUUUGCCCUACCUCUCUAUCCCACACACACACACAUCCCCAUUCCCAUUCACAUAACCCCUUUUACACCCUUGUAUAUUUCCAAUGAAUUCUCUCUGUCAAUCCCCUUCCUUUGAUAAUGACCAAGAGUACAGUGUGGAGAUGAGAGAGGCCUUGGCAGCUGAACAAGCUUACUUUGGGGAGUAUGACCGAGCUGUCGCAGAGAAGUUCUCUAGCGACUACUACAAUGUCGAGGAUGGCUAUGACUACUAUAGCUACAACUAUAACCAGGGUUAUGCUGACCAGCCAACCGACAACACCAUGUACUCCCAAGAAGAAGAACAAGAAUACAGUGAUCAAGAAUACUAUGAUCAAGAGGACGAGACUAUGACCUACGACACAGCCUACAACAACCCUAACCCUGAUUAUCAAAAUGAUUCCUUACUCAACCUUGUGGUUGGAGUCCAAUCCUAUCUUUCUGACAUGACUACCCAGCCCACCCAACAUGUAUCUCCACUCCUCGACCUUCAGUACAAAAUGUACAUUUAUCUCAAGCAACGUGCUAUUGACAUGGGUCUGGAUACCCAAGCACUUGAUUGAAAAAUAUCAAUUCUAUCAUUUUCAUGAAAAAAACAUUCGCAAUUUUAUCCCACACACAAAAAAAAAGUCAAAAAAAAGGUCAAAAUUCACAAAAUAGGACUAGUAGAUUGAUCAUUGACCACAACGCCCUAGUUCUCCUACCAGAAGAACUCUCUUCUUUGAGCAACAGCGGCAACAGGUUACAAUGCCCUCUUUACUUUUUUUUCUUUUAAAAAUACUUCCAUUCAUUCUAAACAUCCUUUUAUAUAUGUUUACCAUUAUAUAGCUUACCCCUCUUUCAAUUGAUUCAUGAAUGUCAAGAACAAUCAUAAAAGUCAAAUCAAAUUAACAUCAAUUCUCAAUAAAAAAAAACCAAAUUUUUUUUUGAUAAUAA